GUGAAAAUAUGUAUCUUUUGAGCAAGUGUCAAUUAUAAUAUUGUAACGGGGAGCAAUAUCAUUCAGCCAUGGAUUCAAAACCACAUGCAUGAUCUACACUAAUGUUUCUUUUAUCAAACGAUGGGCAAUUUUUACAUAAAAAACUACUCGUCUUAGUCAUUCAUCAAUAUUUUAAUUUGACUCAUUAACUGUAUUUAAAGUGAUCAGUGAGGAACAAGACAUCACAGCCAUAGUGUAACAACAUAGUUGAGCAAUGGCAACUGAUAUUCAGCCUCUCCUUCAAUCUCCAACCUCAAAACCUUCUUAUUACAAAGCUUUUUUUGUCCUGCUUUCUUUGUUUGCAGUGAUAAGCCCGGUUGCUUUCGUGACUUACCGUUUGUUUGACACGAGCUCGGAUUCUUUGAGCCCUGGUAUCUGUGAUCAGGCCCAUGAUCAGACAUUAUGUCUGAACAUGGUGUCCCAAGUUGUUUCCAGUGGCUCAGUGCAGAUCAAUGAUGUUGUUCUGUUGCAGAUGCUCUUACAGAAGUCCGAGGCUCAUGUGCGCGAGGCUGUGGAGGCCGCGAGUAGUGUCAAGAAUAAGAUCAAUGAGGCACGAGAAAAUGUGGCCUUAGCAGACUGUCUGCAGCUGCUGGACAUGUCCAUUGACAGCGUUGUGGAUUCUGUCCAGGCUCUUGGGAAGCAGACGCGACAAGAUCAUGCGGAUGCUCAUACAUGGCUUAGUGGCGCGCUUACUAACUAUGUCACGUGUUUGGAUGGGCUGAAUGGAACGUCUAGAACCAUCAUGGAGCCUAAGCUCAAUGACUUGAUAUCAAGAGCCAGAAUAUACUUAGCAAUGGUAGUUGCAAUCUCACCACGAAAAGAUCAUGCACUUGAAUUCUUGCAGGGGAAUUUCCCAUCCUGGAUCACUAGUAGGGAUCGGAGGUUGUUAAGGUCCAGGCCUAAUGAGAUCAAUGCUAAUGUGGUGGUCGCCAAAGAUGGUAGUGGCAAUUACAAGACUGUCACAGAAGCUGUUGCAGCCGCUCCAGAGAAAAGCAAAUCGCGCUAUGUGAUUUAUGUGAAAAAAGGGAUCUACAAAGAAAAUUUCGAGAUUGGAAAGUCCAAGCAAAAUAUAAUGUUGACAGGAGAUGGCAUGGAUGCAACUAUUAUCACUGGUAGCUUAAAUGUGAUAGACGGAGCAACAACCUUUAGUUCUGCAACCGUUGCUGCUGUUGGAUUUGGAUUCAUGGCACAAGAUAUCGGGCUCCAGAACACGGCUGGGCCUGAAAAGCACCAAGCUGUCGCCCUGCGAGUCGGAGCAGAUCAAUCUGUAAUCAACCGUUGUCGAAUUGAUGCAUACCAAGACACCCUCUACACUCACAACCAACGCCAGUUCUACAGAGACUGCUAUAUAACUGGCACAGUGGAUUUCAUCUUUGGUAAUGCUGCCGUUGUCUUUCAGAAUUCAAAAAUCGUGGCUCGUAAGCCCAUGGCUAAUCAAAAGAACAUGCUAACUGCCCAAGGGCGGACUGACAUAAACCAGAACACAGGAACAUCAAUCCAGAACUGCGACGUUUAUGCAAGCACGGACCUGUACCCUGUGAGAGGAUCCAUAAAAACAUACUUGGGCCGGCCAUGGAAAGAGUUCUCCACAACUGUUUUCAUGCAGUCAAAAAUUGGUGAUCACAUUGAUCCUGCAGGUUGGGCUGAAUGGGAUAAAGAUUUUGCAUUAAAAACAUUGUACUAUGGUGAGUACCUGAACCAAGGACCUGGUGCUGGAACCGCAGGUCGUGUGAAAUGGCCUGGAUACCAUGUCAUCACCAGUUCAACCGAAGCAUCUAAAUUUACCGUGGCGCAGUUGAUCCAAGGAGGAUCUUGGUUGAAGUCCACUGGAGUAACCUACACUGAAGGCCUCUAAAUUAGGAUUCAGAUUUGCAUUUAGUCUAAUUUUCGUAAUCUAGCUAGGUAAUGUUUGGUUUGUUUGGUUUGUAGCUUGUCCCUUGUCUGAACUAAUAAAUCGAAAUAAUAAUUUUGAAA